UUAUUUCGCUCCUUGUUCAAUGGUUGGGCUUUAGUAAUCGUAUUAUAGAUAUAUCGAGUAGGAUAUACAUAACGGAUUUAUACUUGUAACUUAAAGAUUUGCAUAACAAGUAUAUAUAGUGGGAAGCAUUGGGAGAGACAGGGGACCCCACCAAAGCUGCAAGUCCACCAAAUUCCAUGCAACCUCCAAAACAUCGCUAUGCCGUCAUCCACCUCUGCCACCACUUUUUCGCACAACUCUCUAUCUAUCAUCCUACUCUUUGUCCUGUUAUUAGCCUUCUUCCCUGGAGCGUUCCACUACGUAUUCACCCUCCCCUUCACAAUCUUCUUCCCUCACAGCCAAACUUCCGACCGUCGUGAGCCAACCGCUACCACAACCCCACCAUCGACCUCAGUACCGACCAUGUCGUGGUUUCAGAAGCAAUUCACACUCCCCCCGAAAUCGCGCGGGUCCUACCUCAUCACCGAUCACAUCGUAAACUCAGUCCCCGAGAUAAGUCAAUACAAAGUUGGAUUGCUCAACCUGUUCGUCCAACACACGAGCUGUGCGCUGAGCUUAAACGAGAACUGGGACGAUGACGUGCGCGCGGAUAUGAGCGAUGCGCUGGAUCGUAUAGCCCCAGAGGCAGGUCCUAAGGGUGAAGAUUUAUAUAGGCAUUCUGCUGAGGGAAGCGAUGAUAUGCCGGCGCAUAUCAAGUCUGCGUUAAUCGGCGCAAGCGUUACGAUUCCUAUAAAAGACGGAAAGCUGGCAACGGGGACAUGGCAAGGAAUCUGGUACCUAGAAUUUCGACAAAUGAGGCACACGAGACGAGUAGUAGCGACCAUCCAAGGCGAGAAGGCAUGACACAUGAUAAAAACUCUGGGCUUAAAUGUCAUAUUUUAUUUUAUUUUUGCCUAGCUCAUGUGAGCCCCAAAUCGGACGGUUAUCACAUCCAGGGCCAUGAUAUGCUCCUGACGCCAGACGCCUUCCGUAGCUUAGCCUUAAUAUGAGAGAAUGCGCAAAGUAACUAUU